AUAUGAAGUGAAGAUGGAGAGACCGUACCCUCUGUCUGCUUUACUACUUGUGUUAAUCCUCAGUGUCACCACGGUCUGUGGUAUAAACUACAGACAGACCGGGUCCUGCCCAGAGAACCGGAAGGCCUAUAAUGGAUCUUGUUAUGAGUUUGUGACCCUUCAGCGGAGCUUCUAUAACGCUCAGGCUGGAUGUGAGCGCGGCGGUGGACAUCUGGCCUUCGUCCACAAUGAAGAAACACAGAAGUUUCUCCUGACGCAUCUGCAGCCGGGAUACAACUGGUGGUUCGGGUUAGCGUCCGCGUCCUUCGACCUGAGCUCGAACUCUUCUGAGGGUGAGAUGGUGUUCAUCACGCUGGAUAGAAACCUGUUGUCCUGGCUGGAUGGAUCUGAAGUGACGUACUCGAACUUUUCUGGGGAGGACGUGCCUGCCGACGGCUGUGGCUACAUCUCCAAAGAAUCAUAUUUUCAAUGGGGAGUAACCAGUAACUGCAGCCAGGAGUUCUACUUUAUCUGCGAGUUUGAGUCUGGACAGAGUCUAGCCUGCGUUGACAACCACGCCAUGCUGAAGUGUGACCCUGAUCAGGUCAUAGAGAUCGACGAGAGCUUCUACGGCAGGAACACAACGCACUACUGCAGAGCCAACCAUUCUCCCUUUAACACAUCUGUACAGGACAGGUGCAGCUGGGCGGAUGUGGUCCGUGUGGUAUCACAAUCCUGCAAUGGUCUUCAAGUGUGCGAGGUUCCGGCAAAUGAACCAGCCUUUGGAGAACCUUGUCCAGAACUGGGAAGUUACCUGUCUAUAAAAUAUCACUGCAGAGAUGAACCACAUUCAUCAACACGACAUGGAACCGACUCUAAGGCUUCAAAGUUUAAAAGGAGCACCUAUAAUUGCACAUGCCACGACCUACAUGACAAGUAUAACCAUGAUAUUAAAAUCAAGUGUAUAAGCAACUGUGAUAAAGCUGAUCGCCGUUUAAAUAUGUCUCUAACGACAGAUAAAGACGAUUUUGUAACUCCUGAGUGGUAUCUCCUACAGCCAGACGGUCCAACACCUGUGACUCCAUGCGAUAAAGAUUAUUCCGAUAGUCGGAUAUAUCUGAGUAAUAAGCUUGGAAGUGGUACUAAUUUUAUUCUUUCAAGUGCCAUAUUGAAAAACCAUACCAGUGGCAUCACUAUUGUAUUAAAAGCCUUCAGAGAUAACAAGCUUGGUUAUGGUUGCUACAGUGCUCAACUCAAACCUAUACUCAUUCCUAUCCAAAUCAACUCAACAAUUUUACCUACGCCCGACUGUUACAUUGUCCCUAGCGAGGGGAAUAUCUACACUUUAUUCACAGUCCUCUGCACCAUAAACUCGAAUUAUUUCUGUAAUGAGCCUUGCACAUACUACCUGAACACCUCUAAAGGUGUUCAGUUGUAUAAUGGCGAUAAUGAGAUCAUGCCAAACCUGUUGCUUCCUGUGGGUCAAAAUGAGCUGAUGGUCACUAUUACGAAUAAAACUGGUCAGACAAUCAACACUACACUCACCGUUAUGGUCACAAACAGCAGCAGUAACCCUUCCUCGGCUCUACAGAGUGCUGUGCUUCUGCAGCAAACAGGGGUGCUUUCAACCGCCAAGCUGGCGCAGGCGUUUGAGACUAUUUUCAAUAAUAUAAACAGCAGCAGCAGUGAUGUUCAAAAAGAGCUUAUGGCGAGCAUGUGUGAAUCGUUGUGCGAAGCAGUGUCCCCGGGAAAUACAGCCCAGCUUGAAGAAGAGAUACAGAUCAUUUCUACCUUUAUCCUAAAACUUGUCACGCAUCAAAAUCUGCUAACGCCUGGAACUACGUCGUCAGCAGCCUGUGUUCUUGACUACAUUAGUGAGAACCAAAUCUCGUUGUCAGAGAGUAAUGGAAAUGUUACACGAUUGAGCGCAGCUUUGCCGAUUGUUUUAUCAGCCAGUAUUCUCCUCAAGCUUUCUGCUAGCAGUGACGAACAGACCUCUGAAAUAUUACUCAAGGCAAUGGACCAAGUACAGAGCACCAUGCUCGUUAAUAAAUCGUUAAACACGGAGCCAAUAAUACUCAGUUCUCCACUGAUUAAGCUGUAUGUGAACAGGCUGACACCAAAUAACCUUGACGCAACCCAGAUCACCGCUGGGAACGAUUCAGCUGCCUUCUCCCUUCCACCUUCGGUUUCUAGUCUGGUUCCUCCAGAUGAGCCAGUGAAUUUACGUAUGAUGAGCAUUGUGAUAAACCCUUUCGCUUGGAACAGAGAUGAGUCUAUUAGCGGAACGGUCGGGUUUCUCUCUCUUAACACGGAUAAUGGCUCCGCCAUUGCAGUCAGCGAUCUCAGUGAGGAAAUCGAGAUUCUCUUACCAAGACAAGGUGCUUCAGACAAAACAUUUCUGAACCUGGCAAGCCACAGCACUACAGCCAUUAAUGUGACCGCUCCAAACAGCUCUCUGGUGGUGAAACUAGAGCCCUCAGAUGGGACACCUUUGAUGUUACAUCUGGGUUUUGAAUAUUAUCCAAAUGACACCAGAUAUGUGGCCAAGACCGAAUUCCCUCAAACAAACGGCCCACAAGAAGUCAACUAUACGUGGGUGCUGAACCCAAAUGAUGUGCCACUAGAAGUGGGACUUUACUAUCUUCUAGUGAGGCCUAUUGUACCAGCAGGUGUGAAUUCUACAAAUAUGGCAGUGUUCAUCACAUCAUUUGCCACUAACUGCAAAUACUGGAAUGAGACGGACAACACCUGGUAUGAGGACGGCUGUAGGGUUGGCCCACACACCACACCACUGGUCACUCAGUGCCUGUGCACUCACCUGACAGCGUUCGGGAGCUCAUUCUUUGUCAUGCCCAACACGGUCGACGUGUCUCGCACCGCUGAGCUCUUUUCCUCGUUCGCCAACAACCCCGUGGUAGUGUGUUUUGUUGGCGCCAUAUUCCUGGCCUACAUUAUAGCAGUGAUAUGGGCACACAAGAAAGACCUUCAGGACAAAAUAAAGGUGAGAAUCACAGUGCUGGAGGAUAAUGACCCAUUGGCUGAAUAUCGUUACUUAGUAGCUGUCUCCACGGGGUAUCGCCAUGGAGCUGCCACCACGUCUCACGUUACGCUGACGCUAACAGGCACUGUUUGGGAGAGUAAGCCUCAUCAUCUGACUGACCCAGAAAAACCUGUGUUUACUAGGGGAGGGGUAGACAUAUUUAUGCUCACCACUCCUUUUUCACUUGGAGAACUUCAGAGCAUCAGGCUGUGGCAUGACAACUCUGGCGAGCAUCCUGAUUGGUACGUCAAUAAGGUGCUGGUGCAGGAUCUGGAGACUGGACAGGUGUGGCACUUCCUGUGCAACUCAUGGCUGGCCAUUGAUAUAGGCGACUGCACUCUGGACAAGGUGUUCCCUAUAGCAUCCGAGAAUGAGCUAAAAGGUUUCCACAAUCUCUUUUUCACGAAGACAGCGAAAGACCUGUGUGACGGCCACAUCUGGUACUCUGUCCUAAAUCGACCCGCCAGCAGUAACUUCACUCGAGUCCAGCGCCUCUCUUGCUGUUUAUCCUUGCUGCUCUGCACCAUGCUAACCAGCAUCAUGUUCUGGGGGAUUCCCCAAAACCCCUCUGAACAAGACAUGGAAUUAGGCACUAUCAAGUUCAACGUGCAACAGUUUAUGAUCGGCAUCCAGAGUUCCAUUAUUAUGUUCCCUGUCAACCUCUUGAUCGUGUCCAUAUUCAGAAGCACUCGGCCUCGGAAAAAGAAGGAGGUAGCGAUAAUUCAGGAUUCCAAAUCUGGAUCUCCAAAGCAGGAGAAAAAGCUUGCUGAGAGAUGGCGCAUUCAGACAGACAUUUCCAUUGAGAUCAUUGUCAAAGAAAUAAAGAAAAUAGUUCGCGCCCUGGCGAAGGCAGUGAAGUGUCCAGUUCCAAACGCAGCAGAGGAAUCUGAAACAACAGACAUCAGCACGGUAUUGUUUGUCCUGGAAGAUAUCAUCCAGAAGCAGACUUUCACACAUUCCAGGUUUUAUGUAGAAGAUCCCGAAAACAAUCACUUCUUAGUAUACAAGAACUAUCGGCGCUAUCUCUACAAACAGCUCCGGAAUUUGGAAAAACAGCUGCGGUUGCUGGGUCCUUCACAAUUCCCUAAUCGAGAGGGUUACACUCAGGCUCUGCUUAAGGUUCGGAAUAUGAAACUGCUGCUGGAGCCGUAUCUCUACUCCGACCCUAUAGACAACGAGGUCCACAGAACCGGCCCUGACGGAGAGGAAAAGAAAAAGUGCUAUCAGAAAGGCUUACCCUGGUGGUUUAUGAUCGUGGGUUGGAUUCUCGUCGUGGCCACUAGUGGCGUGUCGGCGUACUUCACCAUGAUGUAUGGGCUGACGUACGGAAAGGAGCGCUCCAUCAGCUGGCUCAUUUCGAUCUCGGUGUCCUUCUUUGAGAGUUUGUUCGUCACACAGCCUGUAAAAGUGCUUGGAUUGGCAAUCUUCUUUGCUCUAGUGGUGAAAAAUGUUGAAAGUCAGGAUGAGAAUUAUUUUUGCCUGUUGAAGGACAUGACACUUACCUACUCAGAGGAUCCCGAUGAUAUACGCAUUUCCAGAAGGGACAGCACGAGCAGGUUCUACAAGCCGCCUCCUCUUGCUGACAUUGAGAAAAUGAAGGAAAACUAUAUCAAAAAUCAGAAAGCCAUUGCCUUAAUCAAGGAGAUAAUCGUCUACAUAGCGUUUUUGUGCGUACUACUCUUGGCGACGUAUGGUCAGCGCGAUCCAAAUGCCUUUUAUCUCAGUCGGCACAUUCAGCAACGUUUCAGCAACGGUAUCACUGACAGCAUGACCCCCAGAGAUGUGUUUACCUGGGCAAAUCAAGUGCUCAUCAGCAACCUCUACGGACGGCGUCCAGGCUUCAUCACAGAUGGAAACUCGAAGCUUGUGGGAAGUGCUCGUCUCAGGCAGGUUCGAGUGCACAAGGAAUCGUGUAGAAUUUCUAAAGUCAUGCAACGUGCUGUUCGUGAUUGUCAUGCGCCAUACUCUUGGGGUAUAGAGGAUAUGGGCUCCUAUGGUCCAGGAUGGAAUCGUUCAAGAGAUGGAAAUUUGACUAAGAACCUCCAAAUGCCCUGGCAAUACCAAACCCAGUCCAAACUCAGGGGGCACCCUAUCUGGGGCUCCAUGGCUUUCUACAGAGGUGGAGGAUUUGUACUGGACCUGGGUCUUGACCCACAACAAGCAAGCAGCAUGCUACAGUACCUGUUUGACAACACGUGGUUGGACGUAUUCACAAGGGCGAUCUUUGUCGAGUUCACGGUAUACAACGCAAACGUCAACCUCUUCGGUAUUGUGACCCUGAUGCUAGAAACCAACGCAGUGGGAGCGUACCAGUACAGCAAAGACUUGCAGAUCUUACGUCUUUAUCAGACCACGGAUGGCAUUAAUAUAGUGGCCGCUGAGGUCAUUUAUUUCCUUUUCAUUCUCUAUUAUAUGUUCUUGCAGAUCAAGAGGAUCAAGCAGCAGAAAUUACAGUACUUCAGGAGCAAGCAUAACCUUUUAGAACUGUCCAUCAUUCUUCUAAGCUUGGCUGCAGUGGGCGCAAUCAUCAAUAGGACGAUUAAAGGAAACCAAGAUCUGAAGUAUUUCCAGGAGAACAAAGACCAAUUUCCAAGCUUCUACGACACGGCCGCAGCAGACUCGACCCUGGGGUACAUUAUGGCUUUCCUGAUUCUGCUGGGCACCAUCAAAAUGUGGCACCUGUUACGCCUGAACUCCAAGCUGAACUUGAUUACCUGCACGAUGAAGCGAGCGUGGAAUGACAUCUCCAGCUUCCUCGUGGUCCUAAUCAUCAUGGUCCUAGCCUACUCCAUUGUGAGUAAUUUGCUGUUUGGUUGGAUUCUCUACACGUACAAGACUCUUCAAGAUUCCAUGUUAGCGAUCAUCGCCUUACAGCUUGGUAUAUUCAAUUAUGAAGAGGUCCUGGAUUUGAACCCGGUGGUCGGUGGCUUCCUAAUUCUCUCUUGCGUCAUCUUCUUGACGUUCGUGGUGCUGAACCUUUUCAUCGCAGUCAUCCUUGAGGCGUUCAGUCACGAGCAAAAGCACUACAAGCCGUCUGACGAGGAGGAAAUAGUAGACCUGAUGAUGGGAAAGAUCUGCAACGCGUUCGGCAUCAGAGUGAAGAAGAAAUGAGGAAGGAAACCAAACAUGACCCGCCUCCCCACCUUUUCCUUACACUUUUGUCCCAUGCUUAAGAUUAACAUUAAGCCGUUCUGAUUGUGUAGCUGUCGAAGAUGAACAGACCGUUCAGUGGGAAACGUUCGCCUUUUAUUUCUACUAAUUUAAAAAAAAAAAAAGAACAGGAAAAAGAAAACAUCUAUUACAGUUUAUUUGUGACUUUCUGCUUUUUUGUGUUCCUUGAAAUGCUUUUUUUUUUUCUCUCCAAGACUACGAUUGAAUGAAAUAAAGUUCUUUAGGAGGUAUGUUUAAUGAAUAUGCAACAUUAUGCACAUUUUUGUAUGCAUGUAGUGACAAAAAAAAGAAAAAACAAACAA